AUGGUGGAUGCUGACUCUGGUGACUUGGAACUUGUUGAUGAAAAUACAGUUGAGGAGGAGUAUAAGAAUGAGGAUGAGUUUGAAAUCAGCCUAGGUGAUAAUAUAGAUGACGAAACUGGUAGUGGUGGGGUUCCUGAUACUGCUACAUCUACAUUGGCUAGGAAAGCUUUCAUACAAGGCUUUGCUGAGAAGCUGAAAGAGGGAGAGAGAGAGAGAGGGAGAGAGAAAGAAAGAGAGAGGGUGGAUCGUUCGGGGAAGCCAGAGAAGAAAAAGAAAAAGAAGGGGAGAAAAAUCCUCGAGUUCUCAAGGAAUUAUGCCACUACCACUGGGCAAAAGGAAGAGAAGGUUAAGGUGCCUCUAGCUAUGUUUGGGGGAUCUGGUAACUAUGCAUCUGCAUUAUACAUAGCGGCAGUAAAAGGAAAUGCUCUGGACAAGGUUGAGUCUGAGCUUCUUGACCUUGUAGAGGCUUCUAAGAAAAGUCCGACCUUUGCUCAGUUCGCAAAGGAUCUCUCAGUCCCAGCAGAUACAAGAGUGAAGGCCCUCCAGGAAAUCUCUGCUGAAGCUAAAUUUUCUGAUCUGACAAAGAAUUUCUUGGCUUUGUUGGCUGAGAAUGGGAGGCUGACACAUAUAGAUAGCAUCACUAAGAGAUUUGUGGAGUUGACCUUGGCUCAUAAGGGAGAAGUGAAAGUAAUAAAACUAGGUGGAGGCGAGAAGCUGAGAACAUUACCUUUCUUUACCUUAUGAGGAUAUAUAGUACUUCUAUCUAACACAAGAGCUAUGUGCCAUGACCCUUCAAGAUCACAUAUCUAAGCCAUCCUGCAAUCCAUUUAAUAUGCUCAUUUAAACAUUUGAUAAUAUUGUUGGUUGGAGUUUUGUUUUCAU